GGCAGAUUGAACUCCAUGUUGAAGUUUACGUUUGUUUAGAACACUCUUGAGCGGUUGCGAAACACAUUGUACCCGGUUUUGAAUUCCGAAUGGCUGGCGGUAAAGCUGGAAAGGAUUCAGGGAAGGCAAAAGCAAAGGCGAUAUCUCGAUCACAUCGCGCUGGUUUACAGUUUCCUGUCGGUCGUAUUCAUCGCCACUUGAAAGCACGCACUACCAGCCAUGGACGAGUUGGUGCCACUGCUGCGGUCUACUCUGCAGCAAUUUUGGAAUAUUUAACGGCCGAGGUUCUCGAACUUGCUGGGAACGCUAGCAAAGACUUGAAAGUCAAACGUAUCACACCUCGACAUCUUCAGCUAGCUAUUCGUGGGGAUGAAGAGCUUGAUACAUUAAUCAAAGCGACCAUUGCGGGUGGCGGUGUUAUCCCACAUAUUCACAAGUCUCUUAUCGGGAAGAAAUUACCUCCACCUAAACCCCUCUCCAUGUAACCAGAUUGAUAGAAACUGCAUUUUACUGUAUCUUGCAUUGUUUCACGUUUUUAUUGAUGUAUCUUUCUUUAUAGAGGGUAAAUACGUCCUCUCACUUACCUUAAUUCUACUAUAUUAUAUGUCAAAUAGAUGCAUUGACACUUAUUUUUAUUAUCUGUUCUUAUGUGGAUAUUUGUAAGUACAUGUACUCAACUAUCUGUUAAAAUUUUCUCUUAUGUGAUCUGUUAGACAUUUCGUUCUAGAAAUCUGAAGAGAUUACAUCUGUUCAAUGUUAAUCAGAGACCACUUAACCAUACUAUUCACAUCAAAAUCCGAUUUCGACUCCUGAAAUAGAGGGUUUUAUUAACGCUAAAAUAUCAGUAUUUUAAUUUGAAAAAGUCAAACCUUGUUUACUAUCGUUUAUUGAACUAGUUAUUGUUGAACUAUAUUCUGUUAGUUAAA